AUGAGCAACCCAUUCUUAGACGAACCUCAAUCUAAUACGAAUCCUUUUGAAUCGGACACUCUCCCUUCUACUUCAAAUAAUCCAUUUAGUGAUCCUUCUGAUUCUAUUACAAAUAACACUAACCCUUUCGUUACAAAUGAUAAACCAAGUGUUUCAAAAAGUCCAAAAAUCCCUUCUACUAAUCCUUUUGGUGAAUCAACAACAACAAAUAAUACUAAUCCUUUCUUAACUGACGAUAUCCCUACUCAGUCAAAAAGUCCUCGUUCAAAGCCUAUUUCAUCAAACCCAUUUAUUGACUCUGAACCGUCUUUAGAAAACAACAAUCCUUUCUUAACGAAUGACACUCCUGUUCCUGCUAAAAGUCCUAAAACAGUAUCACGUUCUGAAACUAAUACAGUUUCUACAAAUCCUUUUGGUGAACCAACAGCACCCCAAAUUGAUAGUACAAAUCCAUUUCUUACAAAUGACAAACCAACUGUUUCUAAAAGUCCAAGAACAAUUAUGCAAGUUAAUUCAAAUAAACCAUUUAAAGACUCAUCAUCUACAAUUGAAGAUUCUACAAAUCCAUUUGGAGAUUCAUCAACAUUAGAUAGUAUAAAAACUGAGGCUACUCAACCACAAGAGUCUCACUCUUCUAAAACAUCUUCAUUUACUAAUACACAAUUUGAAGAUCAACCACCAAAAAUGACAAGUUCUACAACAAGACUAUCAUCAAAUAAUCCAUUUGGUGAACCUGCGUCAACAUAUUCUAAUCCAUUUGAAUCUUCCGAAGUCCCUGUUAAAUCAAAAACACCUAAUCCAAGUUCAACUAAUCCAUUUGGAGAAGAACCACCAAAGCUAACUUCUUCUACAUCUAAACAAGGAUUAACUAAAUCAUUUAAAGAUCAGCCUCCUAGAAUCUCUAUUACACCUAAACCCACAUCAAAUAAUCCAUUUGGAGAACCUAAUUCAUCAAUUAAUAAUAAUCCAUUUGGUCAACCUGAAACUGCUCCAUCAAUUAAAGGAAAUAGACCAUCUUUCCCUAAGCCUAAAGCAAUUGGAAAUCAAAUACAAGGAAUUGAUAUAGAUGAAAUAGAAAGCAGUUGGUUAGAUAAAUCAACACAUGAUAUUUCUUAUAGAGGAAUAACUAUAAAAAGUAUUUGUGCUGCAAAAGGAACUGUAUUGAUUCUUGGUAAAGAGAAACACUUUUUAUUAAAAAAACUCACAUUUAAUUUAAUCAAAGAUAUAUCAGAGCAUAAUAUUAUUAAAGGGGCUAUUGACCCAACAGGAAAUCAUUUACUAUUGUAUACAUUAAAUGGGGAAUUAUAUUAUACAAGUAAAGAUCUUAUCUCAGCAACAAAAAUUAAAAUUCCUAAUUUAACUGAUGGAACUGCUAAUGACAUUAUUACUGCUAUAAAAUUUAAUAGUAAUAGUACAAGUAAUGAAAAAGAACUUAAAGUAUUAUUAUCUACAUUAAACAGAGUAAUAAUUAAAUUAGUUAUUGAUCUAAAUACAUUUAAAUCUAAUUCAGAGAUAUUAUAUGCUAAUAACAAUAAAAUUGGUGGAGAUGUGUCACCAUUUAAUGGAUUAGAUUGGAUUGAAACACCAGUUAAUACCAUUAUUUUAGCUUCAUCUUCAACUUGUUUACAAAAGAUUGUAAUCAAUAAGAAUAAAAAAAUUGCUAAAGAUGAAACAAUUCUUAUUAUGCCUUUAAAAACUGAUCCUGAAACAGGAUAUUUCUCGUUAAUGAGAGAUGUAGAAAUUAAUAAUAAAUUUAAUGUUCUUUGGGUAUCAGGAAAGAUGAAAGGAAUUGAUCCAGUUAAUCCAGCACAGUCAAGUAGUAUUGUAAGUAGAAUUGUAUUUGAACUAAGAGGAAAUGAAUUAAUUCAAAUUAGUAAAAAGGAUAAUAUUAAAGAUGUUGUUAUGGCUUGUCAAACACAAAAUCAUAUAUUCUAUCUUUAUAAUGACCAUUUAGAAUGUUAUUCUCUUAUUCAUGAUCAAAGAUGUGAAGAACAAUUAGAAGGAGGAGCUAUCACUAUGUGCGCUGAUAUCACUUCAGAAGAAGAAACUUUAUUUGUAGCAACAGAAUUUUGUUUAUAUCAAUUUACUGUGCCAUUAAAUUAUGGUAAGGAGGAUGAACCAUUUACUAAGAAAUUAAUAAAGGAUAUUGUAGAUGAAAAUAAAUUAUAUAGAACAUUAUUUAAACAACUAAAUGAAGAAUCACAGAUAAAAGGAAAGAAAAUAUCAUGUGCUGUAUUGUAUUGCUGGUGUGUAUCAUUAUUAUUAGAAAAAUUAAAUAAUACAGAGAAAGUUAGUAACGUGUUUAAUCAAAUGAAAGUAUUAUUUAGUAAAGAAUUUGAUGGUGUUGAUAAAAUCAAUACCCAAAUUGUUAGAUAUAUGGUACGUAGUUGUGGUUCAGAAGAAGCAUAUUCAACUUAUUGUGAUUGUACAAGAGAUUAUGAAGGUAAAGUAAGUUGGUUAAUGGAAAGAAGUAUGUAUGAAGAGGCUUUCAAAUUUCUAAAGAAUUUAUGUAUGAAUAAACGAGAUAAAGACAUUGGGGAGGAGUUAAUGAAGAAAUAUUUUGGUAUUUUAUUUAUUAAAUUACCACAAGAAUUUAUUGAAUUUUUAGAAGAAAGAGAUACAAGCAAUUAUCCUAUUUUCUAUUCAACACUUCUUAUUUAUGAAGAUCAAACUUUCUCUUUAAAAUUUGCUAAUCAAUUAUUAAGUAAAAAGGAAAUUGUAAAGAAACAUGGAAGUGAUAAAGCACUUGUUGAAUUUAUUUUUUGGAAGUAUGUUGAACCUGAAAGUACAGUUGAAGAUGAUACAAUCAAAACAUUCUUAGAAGAAAAAGAACAUUGGAAAUUGGUUGAAUAUGAUAGUGCACUUAGAGCUUUGAAGAAUAAAGAAAUGACACGAUCAUGUAUGUUUAUGAAUCUUCAAAAACAACGAUUUGAAGCUGCAAUUGAUGAUGGAAUUAAGUUACUUCAAACUUAUAAUUAUGAAGAUAAGAUGGAUCGAUUUGAAGAAGAUGUUUCAUUAUUACUUAAAUUACCAUCUAAAAUAAAAGGAGAAGAUGAAAAGCAAUAUUAUUAUCUUAAAGCUAUGAAUGGAUAUUUAUCUUUAAUUACAUCAUCUUCAGAACAUGAAGCAAUUAAAAGAAAGAAAAUUUAUGAAACAAUAACAAAAAAUAAAAUACCAAUAGAAGACAUAUUACCAUUAUUACCUUUAGAUUGGGAAUUAGGUGAGUUUAAAGGUGUUAUCAAGAAUGCAGUUGAUACCCAAGAUAAAAAACAAAAAAGACUAAAUAAUGAAAUUGAAACAUCUUGUGGAUCUAGUGCCCUUUUUGAAAACUCUACUGCUCGUCAUAAGAAAUAUUUUAAAACAGAAUUAAAUCUUUUGAGAUGUAAUUUCUGUGGUGAACCAAUUUUUAAUCAAUUUAAAAAUGGUUCAAUUGAUCAGUCUAGAGGUGCUAUGUUCCCAUGUUCCCAUUGUUUCCAUAUUCUUUGUAUUAAAAAAGAGUUUGCUCAACAUCCUACUCCUUUUGCUCGUUCUGUUACCCAGUCUAUUAUGUUUGCUAAAGAUGAAGAAGAACAAUUUAAUUGUUAUGCCACUGAAUGUCCAAUAUGUGGAGAGCAUAGUGUUAAUUUGAUUGAAUAUCCAUAUACCUCAACUCGUGAUGAUCAAUACUGGAAUCUUUAA